AUGCGCGACCUCAAAUACAACGAGGCUAUUAUCCUGACGCUCUUCAUGAUCGCCCUCUUCGUCAUCGGGUUCAUCUGGUAUCUGCACCGCAACUGCGUGCAAGUCGUCGAGGCCGAGGCCGUGCAUAUAGAGCUACAGCAAAGAGCGAGGGAGUUUGCAGAACAGGGUGGGAACAACAUGAGCACUGCAACCCUGGCAACUACCAUAGCCUUUGGCGGUUUGUUCGGCGCCGCUCUUAUCUGGGCCGCGGUGUUCUACUUAUAUCAAUACAUUCGUGGCGAAUGCUGCAAAAUCAAAGACUACUUCACCGGCUUCGUCUGGACUGUACAGACACAGGAAGACUACAGGAACGAGCGAGCCGAGGCGUCAGUAAGUCAUAGGACGCCAGAUACAUGGGUGGUGGAGAAAGAGAUGAGGACAGGAGAGGAGGCUGUGCGAGAGAAGGAGAGAUACUUACUUCCUCCUUCUGCCAUGCGUCAGGCAAAUCGUGACAUAGAGCGCGAGGACAGGAGAGGGGAGAGACCUAGGAAGAGAUCUCAGGAGUCGGAGGGCAGUGAUGAGGAGCACAUAGGAAGAAGCCCCAUGCCGAAGACAUACAUGCUUCCAAGAUCGAGGCGGCACGCAUUCGACGAGGAGCGUGGAUCGGGGCGUUCAGACGGUAUUAUGCUCCAGCCGUAUGCACCUACGUACGUUCCGGCCUUUAUACCGAUUCCGCAGUCGUACAUACCUCAGUACGUACCCCUGAGUAUACCUCGUCCGGUGCUAUCUCUGGAUGCCGACAUGGGAGGCUCGGGUGCGGGCCCGCACGUGGAAUAUCAAUCGUCAUGUCCGCAAAACUACCCAGAAGAGGAGAGUUCCACAACCCUAGCUGUGGAAGACGAGUUUGUUGAACGGUACGAGUCGUCUGAACGUCAGUCCCCAGCACCAAGAGGACCGGAGCACGUAGACGAAAUCGUGAUCUGCGAUGAGUUACCAGCGUGGGUUCGCAAAGACCUAGAGGGAAAAGAGAAAGCAAAGAGAAAGGCGAGGGAGAGAGCGAAGGCGAAAGUCGAGGACAGUGCCUCCUCAAGCUCACCCUCGAGCUCAGCAGAAGAGGAAGUACCUAGGGGCCCGAUACCAAAUGCCACCCAGCGACCUCCUUUCCACUUCCCACAGACGCCGUGGAGAAUGGAUCCAGCGCAUAUUCCGACGAGCUACCCGAGGCAGUUGUGA